GAAAGGCAAGAUGGUUUCGGGAACUCGGCCCAUGGCACCACGUCCUGUGCUGCUACUGCUCCUUCUGGGAUCAUGUCUCAGGCCAGGUUCUGCUGUCUACAGCAGCGGCUCCAGGGAGCGCGAGGGGCGCACCUACACAGCUGUUAUCGGGGUGCCCAAUGGAGGACCCUGGGGAGACUGGGCGUGGCCCGAAAUGUGUCCGGAUGGAUUCUUCGCUAGUGGCUUCUCCCUCAAGGUCGAGCCCCCCCAAGGGAUCCCUGGAGAUGACACAGCCCUGAACGGGGUCCGGCUUCACUGCGCCCGAGGCAACGCUGAGCUCAACACUCAAGUGGUGGAGUCUCAGUCAGGAAGGUGGGGAUCAUGGUCUGAGCCUCUGUGGUGUCUGGAUGGAGGUUUCCUCACAGCCUUCUCACUACGGGUGGAAGAGGCCAGCAGUCCAGGAGACAACACUGCAGCUAACAACGUGCGCUUCCGUUGCUCCGGGGGUGAAGAGCUAGAGGGGCCCGGUCUGGAGUGGGGAAAGUUCGGGUCCUGGAGUGACAGUUGCAACAAGGGUGUAUGCGGCCUCCAAACCAAGCAGGAGGCUCCUCGCGGGCUCCGAGAUGACACAGCACUCAAUGACCUUCGUCUUUUCUGUUGCAGCAGCUAGAUCCACCACAAAUUGCUUAGCAGUUUCUCUCCCCUCAAACUCUCUCUUCCCCCAAAUCUCCCACCAAUUCCUCC